GUGGGCGUUGACCUCUAUCCUUGGCCCUUGACCUGUUCUUCUCUCCCACUGCCCUGAGCUCCGGUUCACGCAAGCCAAGGCGAAACUAUGGCGUUCAACAAGCUAAGUGUAGACGCAGUAGACGUCAAGGACAAGCGUGUACUCAUGAGAGUUGAUUUCAACGUGCCGCUGAAUGGCGUUACCGUCACCAGCAACCAAAGGAUUGUGGCUGCGCUGCCCACAAUAAGGCAUGUUCUGGAGAGCGGUGCCCGCUCUGUGGUCCUGAUGAGUCACCUGGGGAGGCCAGAGGGCCGGCGAGUGGACAAAUACUCUCUCUCCCCCGUGGCUCAGGAGCUGCAGAGGCUCCUCGGGAGAGACGUGGCCUUUCUGCAGGACUGCGUCGGAUCUGAGGUCGAGGCUGCCUGUGCUUCUCCCACGCCUGGUUCUGUUAUUCUACUGGAGAACCUGAGGUUUCACAUUGAAGAGGAAGGGAAGGGGAAAGACAGUGAAGGAAAGAAGGCUAAGGCUAGUGAGCAAGACGUAGCUACAUUCAGAGCGUCUCUCACUAAACUUGGUGAUGUCUACGUCAACGAUGCCUUUGGUACAGCUCACAGAGCCCACAGUUCAAUGGUAGGGGUUCAGCUGUCUGUGAGGGCCUCGGGGUUCCUGCUAAAGAAAGAACUGACCUACUUUGGGAAGGCUCUGGGAGACCCAAAGAGACCGUUUCUUGCCAUCCUCGGAGGGGCUAAAGUUCACGAUAAGAUCCAGCUGAUCAGAAACCUACUGGACAAGGUGGACGCCAUGAUAAUCGGUGGAGGAAUGGCUUACACUUUCCUAAAGGCUCUCCAGGGAAUGCAGAUUGGUGGAUCACUGUUUGACGAAGAAGGCGCCACAAUCGUUGGAGAACUUAUGGAAAAAGCGGAGAAGAAAGGAGUUAAGAUCCAUCUCCCAACAGAUUUUGUCACCGCAGACAAGUUUGACAAAGAUGCCCAGGUGGGGUCGGCAACCGUGGGAGCUGGUAUUCCGGAGGGGUGGAUGGGUUUGGAUGUUGGUCCCGAGAGUGUGGCCCAGUUUGUGGGUGUGGUCGAGAAAUCUGCCACCAUCGUUUGGAAUGGACCAAUGGGAGUGUUUGAAUAUGAAAACUUUGCCCGUGGUUCAAAAGCCGUCCUUGAUGCAGUCGUAAUGUCCACUGAAAAAGGAGCCACCUCUAUCAUCGGUGGGGGAGACACUGCUACUCUGGUGGAGCAGUGUGGUAUGGUGGAUAAGGUCAGCCAUGUCAGCACAGGAGGCGGAGCUAGUCUCGAGCUGUUGGAAGGCAAGCAGCUGCCUGGAGUGGUUGCCCUGAGCGAUGUAGCGUGACUGGACACCAGCACAUGGAGUAGACUCUAGAACAAACCCUCUCCCUCCCUCUCUCUCCUCUUCCUCCCUCCCUCUUCCCCCUUCUCUCUCUAGACCAGUAGCAAACUCCCUUAUAUAGACCUCUAGCUCACUCACCAGUCACCAACUAGCUUCAGUGUAUAACGAAAUUUUAGUCAAUGUGUAAAAAUUGUAAAAAAUUAAUCAUGUUCUAGACCUCGUUAGUGUCACAGUACGUUUAUAAGUCAGGAUUCACAGAGUGUAAAUAUGUACAUAGUUUGCUACUUGCUUCCUUUCACGGAGAAGGUGGAGGAGACACCGCUGUAGGAAGAUAUGGUUUCAGUGAAUAUUCUCUUGCGGUAGCCAAAGUGCUGUAUUCUGUAGUCUCCGGACGACGUGGACGGAGGGAUGGUCCACGUGAUAGUCGCCAAGCUCUCUCCCAGUAGCACAUUGGUCUGUUUCCAGGCAAACUGGUCUCCCAGCUGGCAUCAGUAAACAGCACAGUC